UGUCCCCUCACUUUGCCCAUACCUUUCUUGUUCCCGCGCCAAGGCAGAACAUCCUCUUAUUAGCAGAAUCAAUAAUCACUUUUGUCGCAACUCUAAUUCGCUGAGCCAGAAGGGAGAGCGCGUCGACAUUCAAUAGAGAACAGAACUGCCUAUUCACCGGAUUUCAUAUCAAUCACCUGCUUUCAAUUCUCCCAUCGAAGCCCAGGGGCAGAAACUCUUGGAAGAAGACACCGCCGCAUCGUCAACAUUGCCCUUCUGGACUCUUGGAAACGCGGUCAUCACGUCAAGGCAAUCUUUCGUCUUGCAUUAGAUGAUUGAACUACAGCAUCAAAUCUGAAACCAACCUUUUGCGCCAUAUACUAUGGGGAUUGAGCAUCACCUCACAAAGCGCGUCGGGUACAUCUGCCCAAGAUGCUGAGCGCGAACAGCGAUAUCAAUAACAGCCGUCCGGACCGAAGAUUUCGUUAUGCAGCAGGCGACUUCGGUUUUGAAAUUCUGAGAUCUCGUACCCGCGCGAAUUCUUUCUUGCAAAAGAACAUUGAUUUAUUCCUCGACAAGCAUCAACAUCGACUGCAAAACACUCUGUCACAGAACUCUCUUCAAUCCCACGGUAUAAGCACAGCCAGUAACUCUCACAGCCCAGCUAUUCCCGACCAGGCCUUUGAAACUAAACGCCACUCCAUUUCUUCUUCCAACAUGAGGGGACGUGGUGCAGCGGUCAAUUCUCAACAAGCAACCCCGCAAUCACAAGGAGACCUGGCUGGCAAUGGUCCUGCUCGGGGCCCAGAUUCCAAUGCUCGCUCAUCAACGUCUCGGCGCAGUUUGAGACAGUUGGACCAUCAAAAUUUCCAGCCCGAGUCUAGUAAGCAGCUGGUAAUUGACCUCAAAAACAUUCGAAAGAAGCUCAACUUCAAAACGAAUUGGCUCCAGGAUGACGAGCGAUCCGCCAAACGUCGCAAACGAGAUCAAAUUCGUUGCAAAUGUCAUCUGACGGUUUGGGAUAAUCGUGAUGGUGCCUCAGAAUCUCCCCUAAGAGCCCUGACAAAAGACUGCUGGGUUACACCUCUGGAAACGGCAGCCGAUGGUUUCUUUGUGGACAUUGAGCUGUCAAGCCCAUUUAUUCUUACCCCACAAGAUCUUAUGGUCACUCGGCAAACCAAACACGGCUUGAUAACUUCCAUUAUCGACAAAUAUUUUAUGGAGAUCAAACUACUCCCAUGUCGCCCUGGAGGUGUUUGGCCACCUAUACCCACUCUGGGGAAAAGUGAUGGUGAUCAAUACGCACCACAUGUCAAGGCCGACUCUGGAGAACUGCAAGGCGCCCUCAGUGCUCGGUAUAUGCGCCUACCAUUGCCCCCAGAACGCGACGUAGCCUUGAGUGUAUACUUUUUGUUCGGUGGUAUCACAUAUCGCACCAAAUACGGUUUGCAAGUCUUCUCUGAAUGGCAACCCGCAAAGUUUCCGCAGGCACCAAAUGGCAUCGACCUGGCCUAUUUCAAACCAGAAGCGCCACCAUCGCCACCAACCGUUGGACGGAGAAGCAAGACAAGGACAAAGUCAAAUGGCCCAGUUGUGCUGCCAGAUCAGCAAAACAAUCACGGUAGCGGGGCCAACAAACGAAAAGCUGGGCCAGAUACCACAACCCGCAACUCUUCUAACAGCUAUGGUACUUCUAUCACUCCUGAGGUUUCGUACACAUUCGCACCUGCAUGCUCUACGGACUUCAACCAGACACGCCCUCGGGCCACAGUCGAGGGCUACCGUUGUGUGACAUGCAGUAGAUGGAAGGCCGAUAGGUUGGAAAAACUUCUGUUUCAUCUGUCUACCUGCCAUCCCAAGUAUAUCUUCGAAGUACAAGAAGCGCGAGAGAGACAAUCUCAAACCAAGACAAGCCGCGUGGAAAUCAAGGUAGAUCUAGCGACCCCCCCAGCGGUGAAAAGGGAUCAUUCCUCGAAGAAGCUUGGACUUUCGAAACGAAUUGCUCUCAGGUACAACCAAGCAGCACUCCAGCGUUUCAACGCCGCCCAGAGAUCGGGAUCAGCGUCAGUCACCCAGGCCGCCGAAGAACGUCCGUUUGAAGAUCCUCGAGAUAUUCCGCCAUACGACCAUGAUCGUCUCGACGAGAAAGAGUUCAGCUGGUCGGCGCCGAGGCAAGCAUUCGACCUCCCUGCAUAUACAAACGGUGAUAGAAAUUGGGUUGGAGGGAAACCGACCAGGCCAUUGACAGUCAAAGCCAAUGUACCGGGUCCAAAGAAUGGUGGAAAACCACUUCGGCCGUCAGAAGUCCCCGAUUUUCGCAAGCCGAAUUACAAGAGACAUGCUCCGGUGUCUCUCAGUUCGACUGGCAUCGGCCAGCAACCCAGCUAUACCUCCAUUAGUCAUCGGCCGCUAUCACCGUCAGAAGAGCCCCUCAGCGAAACUGAUGAUGAGAUCGACAAUGAAUGGCAGAUCCAGCAGCAUCUGGAAGAUCUAGACCACUUUGCGGCCAAAGCAAAAUGGAGCGACCAGGAACGUGACUUUCGCAAACGAUGGGACAGACACAGGAUGGAAGAACGGUACGAGCACGCCUCAUUUAUCUCUAAUUCCCUGGUCCGCUUUGUCAGGAAAAACCAACAGUGGCUCGCCAAAGCUGAUCACAAGCUGCUCUCGGUAUUCUUUGAUUUCCUCGACCGCCUCAAAUCACAACGAAGAAUCACAGACGACUUUGUGGUGGACCUCUCUGAGAUGAUCUAUCUCACUCCUGCCAAAGAACCAGCGGGAAAUUCAGUUGUCGGUAACGGCAUCUGGAGUAAUGGGGCUCGACCUUUCUCUUUGAACAACAACGGUGGACGAGCGACUUCACAGCUGUCUGAGGAUGACGAUAUUGCUUUGCAAUUGUCGCUUCAGCCAAACAGACUACUGGACCCUAGCAAAAAGAAUGCUACGUCUGAAGCGUCUAGAUCCAAAUCUAAUCGACCUCAACUAGGCUUUUGUGGAUUAUGCUUCAAGCAGAUUGACGUCCCAGCCAUCAAUGGAACAUUCUGCACCAAUGAGUCCUGCAGCUCGCCUGGAACCAUGUACCAUGCAAAAUGUGUGGAGACGUCGUGCGGCGGAGAAAAAGCAAAGAACAAAGCGGCUGACCUCGAUCAGUGGAAGUGCAAGUGGUGUGCAUCAGAAUCGUCAACCGCGAAUGAGGUUUCCAACCCGACCCACCAGGAGCCCCCGGUCAGAUUUUCCCGCGAGGGACGGAGUCCGUUGAGAAGCAAUGGUAUCCAAGGCCUGCCGCCCGAGAGCGCGCUCCUGCAACACCAUGAUCGCCAGUACUUGUAUGCCUUGCGACUCGAUGGGCAACACGACCAAACCAGAUACCAGAUGGAACCCAUAAGUCCCAACAGGUCGCUGCUGGGGAACGGGUCGAUUUUCGGCCGCCCACAGGACGAAGUAUUCGAUGUGCGGAGGCAGAUGGACAAGCUGAAGAAUUUGACCCAACCCAAGUCGCUACUAUCCCGUGUCGAUAUUGUCGAAUGCGGAAGUAGCGUGGAGGACGAAGAUCGAAUGUUUUGAGAGGGAGAGUGAGCUGAAACAACGUUUUUCAUGGUACCGCCGAGGGUCACUCGAUGAGAAUCACUCACUUUCAAACUAAUUUCCAAAAAGGAGAGAAAACCCAGACAGCUAGCAAUGAAAUCUGAUGUCCAAUUGGAAGUAGUUAUGUAGGCAGAUACAUAGCUACCUACUUACCUCUCCC